UGGUGUCAUCGUGGUUAUAAGUUGUAAAACAACGAGUUAUAAUUCAUUUUAUUUCUGCAAACUCUAAUUCAAAAAGCCUUAUUUACUUAAAAAGUGGAAAUUUUUAUAUAUUUAAAUAAAUAUCAAGUCCUACACAUAAUAUGGCAGGAUUUGAAAUAAGAACUUCUAAUAGCAAAAAGGGAAAAGGAUUGUUUGCAACCAAGAAGUAUGACAAAGGUGAUAUUAUAUUGGAAGAAGACCCGUUAGUUUCGUGCCAAUUUGCUUGGAAUGCGGCAUACAGAUAUUUAGCAUGUGACUACUGUAUGAGGCCAUUGGAAACGCCAGAACAAAAUGUGAGACGACUGUCUUGUAAACCAGAUAUAGUCCUACCACAUGCCAAUUGUUUUGAUAUAAACCUGGAGAAUAUAGCUACUUGUGAGCAAUGCAGUACAUUAUACUGCGGAGAGGAAUGUAAACAACGAGCAUUUGAUACUUAUCAUAGAAGUUUAUGUUAUGACACAACUGAUGCACAACAUCCUAUAGUGGUACUCUUGGAGACUUGGAAACAAAUGCAUUAUCCACCAGAAACAACGAGUGUAAUGCUUUUAGUAAGAAUACUGGCUUUUAUAGAACAGAGUAAUGAUCCUACUGCAGCAGCCAGUGUUAUCAAACAAUUCUGUCAUAGAACGGUAAAUGAGGAUGCAGAACUUGUUCAUAAGUUACUCGGUGAACAGUUUACUGAUCAACUGAAUACAUUGCGAGAUAUGACAGCUAAUGUUAUUAAUGGAGAACACAUACAAGAGUUUCUGACACCGGAAGGCUUUUGCAGUUUAAUGGCACUAGUUGGUACAAAUGGUCAAGGUAUUGGUACAAGCCCACUUGCAAUGUGGGUUAAUUCCGUAUCAGAAUUGACUAUGUCAGAUGAUGAGAGACAACAACUUGAUUUGUUUAUUGAUAAGCUGUAUCAAUAUGUAGAACAAGAAUCCGGUACUUUUUUAAACACAGAAGGCUCAGGUCUGUACCGAUUGCAGAGUGCAUGCAAUCACAGCUGUGCCCCUAAUGCUGAGUCAUCAUUUCCGUAUGGCAACCAUAGGAUACAGUUGAAAGCAAUUGAUCUUAUAAUGCCUGGAGAUGAGAUAUCCAUAAGCUAUUUAGACGAGUGCUCACUUCAAAGGUCGAGGCAUUCUAGACAGAAGGAACUGGCACAGAAUUAUUUGUUUGUCUGUUGGUGUGAGCGUUGCCUUGCUCAAGGCUCGCAGCCGGACUGCACCAGCGAGGAGGAGAUGAGUGAUGAUGAAAUAGAUGAUGAAGACUGAUGUUCCAACUUCCUGGCAUUUUGCCUCUUAGGUCUAUGAUGGAUGAAACAAAUUACUGUGAAGGUGAAGUCAUGGAAACUUCGUCUCCAGAUUCAGUGAAAGUGUCUCCGUUGUAGUCCUAAAGUGCUUUGUGUAUUGAACAUGAGUUUAAAUGUAUGUGAAUGAGUUAAAGUGAAAUGACACUAAAAGUGUAUAAACUUCAGUAAGGUAUGUUAUAUUUUAUUAUCUUUGGAGGGAAGUAAUUUAAAGUUUAUUAGCAGUAGAGUAUUUUAUAUGAUGUAUAAAUAGCUUUGUAUAAAGUUGUUUUUAACAGUAGCCAAAAGGCAGUUUUACUCACCGUUGGACAUUAAUGUCAAUUAUUUAGUUUUACAAA